AUGAAGUCCUUUACUCUCGCCUCCGCCGCCCUCUUCGCCGCCGUCUUGGCCAAGCCUCUCCACCGCCGCGACCUCGUCACCGUCACCGAGGUGGAAUGGGUGACCCAGACCGAGACCGUCACCGAGAUUGUCGACAUUAGCACCACUCUCUUUGUCACCCCCGGCCAGUCUGCCCCUACCGACACCGGUGACCAGAUCGUCCCUGCGCCAUCCAACGCCCAGUUCUUUGAGACUGCUUCGUCCUCGGUCGAGCAGCCCAAGCAGACCUCUACCGCCGCUCCCCCUCCUCCCCCUCCUCCUCCUCCUGCGCCUACCACCACGACUACUACCAGCUCUGCUGCCCCUCCCCCUCCCCCUCCUUCGCCCACCACCACCGCUGCCCCUCCUCCUCCUCCCCCGGCCGUCUCCUCGUCCUCCUCGGCUGCCCAGCCCUCUGCUCCCGCCGAGGCCAAGACCAGCCCCCAGAGCAGCAGCGGUGGCAGCUCCGGCUCCGGUGAGCAUUCCGGCGACAUCACCUACUACGACGUCGGCAUGGGUGCUUGUGGUCUGGACGACAGCGGCAAGGACGACACGCAGAACAUUGUCGCCCUCUCCAGCGAACUCAUGGGUGCCCAGUCCAACGGCAACCCAAAGUGCGACAAGACAAUCACCAUCUACGGCAACGGCAAGUCCGUCCAGGCCACUGUCCGCGACAAGUGCCCCAGCUGCGCCAUCGGCAGCAUUGACGUCAGCAAAAAGGUCUUCAAGGACCUCUAUGGCGACCUCACCGCUGGCCGACAGGAGAUUACUUGGUCUUUCAACUAA